AUGGGAACUAGAGUGUACAUUGGUCGUUUAGCAAGAGAUGCUCGUGAAAGAGACGUAGAAAAGCUCUUUCGUGGUUACGGCAGCAUUAGAGAAAUUAAAUUGAUGAACGGCUUUGGUUUUGUUGAGUUCCGUGAUCAUCGUGACGCUGAUGAUGUAGUUUACACUUUUAACGGCAAAACUUUUAUGGGUGAAAAACUCAUUGUUGAAUAUGCCCGCGGAGAACGAAGACGUCGGGACCGCGAUGAUCGCAGGGAUAGAGACAGGGACGAAUUUAGAGAGAGGGAUAGGAAUGAUCAUCGCAGGGACGAAUGCAAUCGUGAUGUGGUUGUAACGUCUCAUGUAAACAUCGAAUCCUUUAAUCUUUGUCCCUAUAGUCGGUUCGCCCCUCCCCAAAGAAACCCCCAUUAUCGGUUAAUUGUGGAGAAUUUGUCUUCAAGCUGUAGCUGGCAGGAUUUAAAAGACCUAAUGCGAAAAGCUGGAGAAGUAACGUUUGCCGAUUGUCAUAAAGAUCGAGAAGGUGAAGGCGUUGUCGAAUUCUCCUCCUAUGAAGAUAUGAAGAAUGCUAUCAGAAAACUUGAUGAUACUGAAUUGAAAGGAAAACGUAUCUUAUUGCGUGAAGCGCCAGAUAAUGACACUGAUCGUGAACGUGAUCGUGAACGCCGUUCUUCAAGACGUUCGAGAUCUCGGUCUCGCACUCCUCGUCGAAGCUCGCGUCGGUCUCUUUCUCGUUCACCUCGUCGCGCUCGACGUUCUCGCUCUCAUACAAGAUCCAGAACCCGAUCCCGAUCUCGAACUCCUCCUCCGAAUGGCAAAGAUCGCUCUCGCUCCGCGUCACCUCAUCAUCGUGAUGAAUCGCAUUCUCCCAAAAGAAGUAGAUCCAGAAGCGCUGAACGUGGCCGCGAUGAUGACAAGGACAUGAAAGUUGAUUAG